AUGGUGCGAGAAGUCGCGUUACCAAGAUAUCUGCGAUACGAUGUUGCGAACCCAGUAUCCACUGAGGUACACGGUUUUUGCGACGCGUCGAUCAAAGGAUACGGCGCGUGCAUCUUCAUUCGUUCCAUUGAUUCCGCGGGAAAUGUCACUGUAAGGUCGGCUUGCAGUAAAUCCAAGGUUGCUUCUCUUAGUCAUCACACCAUACCUCGUUUGGAACUCUCGGGUGCUGCCCUUUUGAAAGGACUAUAUGUCGAACUUGUGACACAGCUGACUUUCACUAUCGUGCGAACAAUUCUUCGAACAGACUCAAAAAUCGUUCUCUGCUGGUUAGAUAAAGCUCCUCAUUUACUUAGAACAUACGAAGCGAAUAGAGUCGCUGAUAUUCAAACGCUAGGUGAGAAAGUCGAGUGGAAACAUGUUCGUUCGAAAGACAAUCCAGCCGAUUCACUAUCCCGAGAACAGCUACCCAGGGAACUUUUAGCUGACCCCCUCUGGAACUCAGGCCCUCCAUGGUUGGUUCUUCCUGAAGAUCAAUGGCCUUCAUCGGAAGAUUCCUCGUCAGGUGAUCCUCCAGGCGCGACAGAGGGAAUUGUUUUAUUCACCACUUCUUCCGGAAGCAAUGUCUACGCUCGUUUCUCUGACUAUGGGUGCCUUAUUAGGUCCAUCGGAUAUCUUCUCCGUUGGAGUAGAAGGGAACGAUUGCCAGACGAUACCCAAGAUGCGGAUAAAUCGCAACGAGGGAUUCGUUACCUCUCUCAAGUCGAAAUAGCUCACGCAGAGCGCAAUAUUCUUCUUCUCAUCCAAAGAGAAUGUUUCAGUUAUGAGAUAAGAUUGCUCAAGUCGACUACAAAAUUAAUUUCCAAAGGCCCCAACGGCGCUUUCAGGAGUCGAACGAAGUUCGACGAACUCAAUCCCUUCUUAGACGAGCAUGGGGUGAUUAGAGUAGGCGGUCGGUUGAAGAAUUCAAAUCUUCAGUUCAAUCAAAAAUACCCUAUUUUGCUACCCAGUAAUCAUCACGUGUCAGAUCUCAUUAUCCGCGACGCUUAUCAUCGAAAUCUUCACGGAGGGGUCCAAUCCACUCUCUACACGAUACGCGAGAGGUUUUGGAUUCUCAACGGUCGAAAUCAGAUUCGACAUGUCCUGCGCCGCUGCGUACCCUGUCUUCGGCAAAAGCCAAAAUUCUCACACGCCAAGAUGGCAGACCAUCUUGAAUAA